AUGUCCCUCCUCGCCGACGAGACACCAUGGGUCAUGAUCAGCCACAGCUGCUCCUCGUCCCUUUGUCCUCCCCUCGUCGACCCAGAGCCCCUCCCCGAACCCGUGCUCGGCAUCGCCGCCCGCAGCAUCGCUGACCUCUCGCGCCUCCAGGACCGCGAACUGGCCUGGCUCGUCCGCGAGCUCGACGAGACGCUCCACGGCCUCAAGCACGGCCUCGAGGACUGCUACGCCCUGCUCGCCCCCAUCGACCCGGGCAGCAACCUGCUCGUCAGCACGCCGCGCAACGACCUCGUCAAGGGCACCCUCACCCGCGUCGGCACCCGCAUCGUCAAAGGCACAAUCCACCUCCGCCUGCGCACCCUCCCGCACCAGACCCUGACCCUCAACCCGGACCACCCCAUCCACGUGGGCGCCCUGUCGACCCUGCACGCCCUCCUCACCCACUCGAUCGACCUCAUCACCCUGACCCUCUCCCACGCCUCGACCCCCUACUCCCCGAACCCGGCCUCGCCGUCCUCGCCGCCCUCCCCCGGCGCCGCGGCGGCCUUCAUAUCCGCCCAGCUCCGCCUCCUGUCCCAGUCCCUCGCCGACGCCGCCGUCCUGCUCCGGGGCCCGCCCCUGACGGACCCGGACCCGGCCUGGACCUCCCGCUCCGCCUCGCCCAGCCACUUCGACCCGGCCCUGCCGCCCAACGUGAGCUUCCACCUCGGCGUGCAGGACUCGUCCCUCGUGCUCUGGCUGCGCGCCCUCGAGCCCGCCGACGCGCCCCUCAACCUGGGCAUGAAGUUCGCCCUCGCCAUCGGCACGGCCCGCCGCAUCGACCACGACGAGGCCGACCGCGUCUUCGGCUACUGCUGCGAGGGCGCCGAGCGCACCGGCAGCCCGCACACGCCGCCGCCGGGGUCCGACAACGACCACGGCGGCACCGGCCACGGGUUCGCCAGCCAGGACGGCGGCAAGGCCGGCGGCGGCCCGCCGACGACCCAGGUCUACGUGCGCGAAAAGGUGCGCGUCGAGACGGCCGACCCCAGCCUGCUGAGCCUGUCGGCCAAGCUCAGCGCCCUGAGCCACACGCUGGCCCUGGCGAGGCAGAACCUCGCUGCCGUCAUGGGCGAGGAUAUCGAAGACUAA